AACUGAGGCCUGGGUUUGCUUCCCUUCAUCCGCUUCCAUCCACGGCCGGCGGAGCCUGCGGGGGUUACCUCGCCCGCCGCCCGAGGAGAACGGAGCCCGCAAUGCCGGCCGUGCCGAAACUGGCAGAGCCAUAGGAGCCGAGGGCGCGGAGCUGGACCCUGUCACCUUCCUCCCAUCCUCCCAGGAGCAGGCUCGGGGCAGCCGCGGGAGGCCCAGAAGCACGGCCCGCAGGCUGCAGCGAGGGCCAGUGGAGCGAUCGGAGGGGUGUCUGGGACGCGGGGUUCGGACCUGUUGCUGGGCCUCGGGUCUUGAAACUUGCCCGAUGCUGGGGAGCCUCAGCCGGUUCUUCCUCGGGGCAGAGGCCAGGCUUCGGCCGCAGCCACUGUACGGCUUCCGAAUGGGCUUUUCCACUCGGUACCUGUCCUGUUUCUGUUCACCCGUUCCGUGCGUGGGGGAAGGAGAAACAAGACCCCGAGAUGUCUUCCUCGGUGCCUCCCACACAAACAUGCAGGAUCAAGGGGAGAAGGAGAACCCCAUGCGGGAACUUCGCAUCCGCAAGCUCUGCCUCAACAUCUGCGUGGGGGAGAGUGGAGACAGGCUGACCCGGGCAGCCAAGGUGCUGGAGCAGCUCACAGGCCAGACCCCUGUGUUCUCCAAAGCUAGAUACACCGUCAGAUCCUUUGGCAUCAGAAGAAAUGAAAAAAUUGCUGUCCAUUGCACAGUCCGUGGGGCCAAGGCAGAAGAAAUCCUGGAGAAAGGUCUGAAGGUGCGAGAGUAUGAGUUAAGAAAAAAUAACUUCUCAGAUACUGGAAACUUUGGCUUUGGGAUCCAAGAACACAUCGAUCUGGGGAUCAAAUAUGACCCAAGCAUUGGUAUCUACGGCCUGGACUUCUAUGUGGUGCUGGGUAGGCCAGGUUUCAGCAUCGCAGACAAGAAGCGCAGGACAGGCUGCAUUGGGGCCAAACACAGAAUCAGCAAAGAGGAGGCCAUGCGCUGGUUCCAGCAGAAGUAUGAUGGGAUCAUCCUUCCUGGCAAAUAAAUUCCCGUUUCUAUCCAAAAGGCUAAUAAAAAGUUUUCAGUGAAAUGUACAA